AUAGGACCAAACCAACCCACAAAGGAAGAAAGGAGGAUAGUUCGGUGAGGUCUGGUUCAUUCUAAAGGCAAAGAGAAGGAAAAGAAACACCCACCAGUUGCUGUUGUUUCUUUGUUGCUGCUAGACAAUGGGGCUGCUUAGCAUCAUUAGAAAAAUCAAGAGAAAAGAGAAAGAAAUGCGCAUCCUCAUGGUGGGACUUGAUAAUUCAGGGAAGACAACAAUAGUUUUGAAGAUAAAUGGAGAAGACACCAGUGUUAUUAGUCCUACUCUUGGAUUCAAUAUCAAAACCAUCUCUUAUCAAAAGUACACUUUAAAUAUAUGGGAUGUCGGGGGACAAAGAACCAUAAGAUCAUACUGGAGGAACUACUUUGAGCAAACUGAUGGCUUGGUCUGGGUGGUGGAUAGUUCAGAUCUUAGAAGGUUGGAUGAUUGCAAAAUGGAGCUCGAUAAUCUUUUGAAGGAAGAGAGGCUAUCAGGAGCAUCUCUACUAAUAUUUGCAAAUAAGCAAGACAUAAAAGGUGCUCUUACACCGGAGGAAAUUGCUAAAGUAUUGAACCUAGAGAAUAUGGAUAAAACCCGACACUGGAAAAUUGUGGGCUGCAGUGCGUACACAGGUGAAGGGCUGCUUGAAGGAUUUGAUUGGUUGGUUCAGGACAUUGCCUCACGAAUCUAUAUGCUUGACUAAGUACUCUUAAACAUAUUUACUCUGCCCAAGACAUUCUUCAAAUGUAUUUGUGAUUGUAAAAUUGAGGGGUGUUUUUUUGCUUUGCAAAUUGCCUACUACGUGGAUGCGUGUCUAUGUACUUUUGGUUUAAAUUUACCAAUGUAGUCUUUACUGGCCAGUCCUUAUGUUUGUUGUUUUGUGUAAGAUGAUAUUCCUAAUGCAUUAAUAGAAGCAAAAACUAUCUUUUGAUUUUGCAA